AGAGAGAGAGAGAGAGAGAGAGAGAAAGAGUUAGAGUGAGAAAUAGAGAGAGAGAAAGAAAGAAAGAGUGCUAGAGCUGCUGUAUCUACUCAUUCGUCAGUGGACAGUGAUUAGUUCAGUUCUCUCUGCUGAGCACAUGCAGUCUUACAUACCCUGAGACAGACAGACAGAUAGAUAGACUGAAAGUCAGAGACAGACGCUGAAGGAGGUCAGAGGUUUCACAGGGACUGAAGUGGCAUGGCACAGGGCUCUGACAAUAACGAUACCAGCUACACCAAAUCCCCAUCACCGGGCAAUAAACAGGGUUCAACGGAUGAUGUGAGGAAGGUCAUGAGGAGAGAAAAGAACCGGAUCGCGGCGCAAAAGAGCCGAAUGCGACAAACUCAGAAAGCAGACAGCCUGCACCUGGAGAGUGAAAAUUUGGAGAAGGAAAACGCAGCGCUCAGGAAAGAGGUGAAAAGACUCACAGAGGAGGCCAAAUAUCUGUCCACGGUCUUGAGCAACCACGAGCCGCUGUGCACAGGUCUGAGCGGCACGUCCACGGAGCUGCUGUACAGCCCGCACCACGGCGCGUUUCACCAGCAUAUCAGCGUGCCGCACUACCCGCUCUGACCGGCAGAGGCCGCCAGAGUCCUGCGCGGAAUCUGCCUAUGAAAGGCAGUCAUUGAACUUUGGUUGAGUCAAAAAUCACGUAAAUAAUCAUCAGCAUUGCAGUGAUCUUGAAAUAUCCUACGGAGGAUUAACUAUAAGAGAAAUAAAACAAAAGCCUCUAAAUAUAAGAAUUUUGGUGACAAUUAUCUCAUUAUAUAUAGUUAGAUAGAUAGAUAGAUAGAUUUUUGUCUUAAGUUAAUUAACUCCUGCUCCUUGAACAAAACUCAACGCAAUUUUUUAAGUAUAAAUGACAUGUCUGUAAAAUGCAAGCAUCUUAUCUGUAGUGUGCAACAUAGGCUACUUGCAAAGAUGCAUGGCAAUGACACAAUGAAUGUUUUAAAUUUAGAUUUCAUUAGAUGACAAGUCUGAUUCAUAUGAUCAUUUAGUUUAUUCUAUUUCUGUGAAAUGUUAAUUAAAUGACUGGACUAGGUUCUAACAAGAAAAUUAUGUUCAUUGUGUAUGCUGUCACAAAUAUUGUGUGCGAAUGUUUUUCUAUACGACUCAUUUAAGAUAUUGAAUUUAUCAAAUGUUUUCACUAUUUCUGUUCUAAACUCUUUGGUACCCUAAAGGUGCCAAGAAUGGCUGUUACAUCUCAUAUGUGGGUGAGGGGAAUUUUCUUACCUGUGAUCUUCUGUGAUCACCUGUGAAAAGUAAAUAAAAAAAUAUGUAAAAUAUACAGACAGAUGUCUAAUCAGAAUGAAAUUUUAAAGUUCAUAUAAAAAUACAUGGGAAUAAAUAUGAUUAAACAUAGCAAGCUUAAACAUUUGGAACAUUACAACAUAUUACAGGAUGGAAAACUUAUGCCACAACGCAUUUAUUCCAUUGAGGAUUGGCCUUCCUCCUGAGAGAUCACACUGUAGCAACCUAGAAAGAGUUUGGUUUGAUUACAGGAAAAACUUGAG